CCGACAUGGACACGUUGAAUAAGAUUUGUGUGGUCCUCAUUCUAUCCAUUUUUGUUUGUGUCAUCACUGGAAGUCCAAUAGGUUCUUCAACCAUAAAUUGUGAAGCGGUGACUCCUUCUAAAAAUAUAGGUGAAGUCAAUGAAGGAUAUUCAGGGGAUGUGGAGAGGAUAGAUGGUAUCGUGCCAGGAACCAGUGUGAAGUUAGUGGACUAUGUCUUUCUUCCCCACCUUGAGUUUCUGGAGCUGAGUUUCACACCUGGGGACAGCUUUGCAGUUGUUCGCACCAAGAAACCUCUAGAUGCAGAUGCUCCGAUGUCUAGUCCUACCACCCUGUAUUAUUCUGUCAUGUGUGAUGGUAAUAUUAAGUACAAUAACACUCGGACACUGAAAAUCAUAGAUCUCAAUGACAACGCUCCGAUAUUUGAAAAGAAACUGUACUCCAAAGAUGUCUCUGAGACACUUAAUCUGAAUGCUGAGGUUAUUCGAGUGACAGCUGUGGAUGCAGACGCCACCUCACAAAACAACAGAGUGACAUAUUCCAUUACACCAGCCACAGAAGACUUUGAAGUUACUGACUCAGGGGCGUUUAUGUUGAAAAGACGUUUGAACUACAACGCAGUCCAAAACUACCACUUUACUGUAACGGCCAAGGAUAACGGAGGAUUGAAUGACACAGCCUCGGUGGUGAUUAAUGUAGAGGACUUUGAUAACUUGAAUCCCUAUUUCAGCCACAGUCUGUACCAGGCCUUUAUUUCAGAGAACCAAAUUUGA